AUGGUCAACUCCUGUUCUGGUUCCAUCAGCUCUGAUCAGGGCUGUGGUCAAGGUCUCUGCCAGGAGACCUGCUGCCAGCCCAGCUGCUGCCAGACCACCUGCUGCAGGACCACCUGCUGCCGCCCCACCUGCUGUGUGUCCAGCUGCUGCCGCCCCAGCUGCUGUGGUGGUUCCAGUGGCUGUGGUGGUUCCAAUGGCUGUGGCACUAGCUGCUGUCGCCCCACCUGCCUCCAGACCACCUGCUGCAGGACCACUUGCUGCCGCCCCAGUUGCUGUGGCUCCAGCUGCUGCAGCCCCUGCUGUGGUGGCUCCAGUGGCUGUGGUGGUUCCAGCGGCUGUGGUGGUUCCAGUGGCUGUGGCACUAGCUGCUGUCGCCCCACCUGCCUCCAGACCACCUGCUGUAGGACCACCUGCUGCCGCCCCAGCUGCUGUGGCUCCAGCUGCUGCAGCCCCUGCUGUGGUGGCUCCAGUGGCUGUGGUGGCUCCAGUGGCUGUGGCUCUAGCUGCUGUCGCCCCACCUGCCUCCAGACCACCUGCUGUAGGACCACCUGCUGCCGCCCCAGCUGCUGUGGCUCCAGCUGCUGCAGCCCCUGCUGUGGUGGUUCCAGUGGCUGUGGUGGCUCCAGUGGCUGUGGCUCUAGCUGCUGUCACCCCACCUGCUGCCAGACCACCUGCCAGACCACCUGCUGCCGCCCCAGCUGCUGUGUGUCCAGCUGCUGUCGACCUACUUGUUGCCAGACUACUUGCUGCCGCCCCACCUGCUCUAGUGGUUCUUCCUGCUGA